AUGAGCGCCCGAGAUUUCGUGGAGGGGGAGGCCAUGCUGGACGAGGAGGAGAAUGAGGAAGAGCUUGUUGACGACUACGGUGACGGCGAGGAACGCCUCGAGACCGGUGGCAAUCACUACGAUUCUAGCGAGGAAGAUGAAGAUGAAGACGAUGAUGAAGAUGCAGUCCGCGCUGUCCGAGAAGGGUUCAUCGUCGACGAAGACGAAGAAGAAGAGGAGCGCGCCGAACGCCGGCGAGAGAGAAGGAAGCGAAGACGCGAAGAACGAGAACGCGAGGAUGAACAUCUUGACGAGGAAGACUUGGAACUGAUUGGCGAGCUGAAUCCAGGGCUCCAGUAUGCGGCUGCAGCAGACUCAAAAUUCAAGCGCCUAAAACGCGGUCACAAGGAUCGAGAUUCGCGGCAACCAUCUCAGGCUAUUAAUGACUUUUUCAAUUCUGACGAGGAAGAUGAGCCUGCACCAGACUACGGCAGGCACCGAAGGCACCCCGGCGACGAGAUGGAUGAUUUCAUCGAAGAAGAUGUAUUCUCGGAUGAUGAAUUACAAAGGGAACGGGAAGAUCUGGAGGUAGCCCGUCCUAGAAAGACGAUCGGCUUUGGAGCCACAGACACCACUGGCCUCGACGAGAAUGCGCUUGAAGACAUGCGCGCCGCUUUUGGAGAUGGAAACGAAUACGAUUUUGCUCUUGCUAUGGAGGAGGAAGAGGAGCAGCAGGAGGAAGACGUGGAAAAGCACUUGGAUCUGAAGGACGUCUUUGAGCCGUCGCAGCUCGCCGAGAAGAUGUUGACCGAAGAGGACAACCAAAUACGUCUUAUAGACGAGCCUGAACGGCAUCAAAUCGCCCGCAAGCCCUACCGCAAUGUUGUCUUGAGCGAAGAUCAAUUCCGUGAAGAAGCCGCUUGGAUUGCGAACCUCAUGCUUCUAAAGAAACGGCUUGAGCCAGAGCUGCGUGAACCUUUCCAGCGGUCAGUGGCCAAGGUUCUAGAGUUCCUCGUCACUGAUGACUGGGAGGUGCCGUUCAUCUUCCAGCACCGAAAGGACUACAUGAUUCACACAGUCAAGGUACCCGUGAACGGGGCUUCAGCAGAUGACUCGAGCUCGCAGUACACUAUCAAAGCGGAGAAGUUGCUGAACAUGACUGAUUUGUGGGACAUAUUUGAUUAUGACCUCAAGUUCAAAGCCCUGGUGGAGAAACGCAACACUAUCCAAAAGACUUAUGAUAACAUACGGUCGGUUUUCUCUGUCGAGGACCCUAUUGUGGAGGAAAUGUUACCCAUAGCCACUACUAUGGAAGAGCUGCAAGAUAUCCAAGACUACCUUCACUUCCAGUAUGCCUCGCAGAUAAGGGAUUUGACGCUUACAAACGGUGAUACCAACGGAGAAGUCCAAAGGCGGAAGGCCCUCACAAGAAACUUCUUUGAGCGUGUUCGCAAUAGCAAGGCUUAUGGUCUUGUGCGUGCAUUUGGAAUUACAGCAGAUGCAUUCGCGCAAAACGCUCUUAAAGAGGGCCGUCGUCAGUACACGGAAGAUGCAUCGGAGCGCCCGGAGGAUAUGGCGGAUGGGCUCGUUGAUAACGACUUCAACAACUCAUCUCAAGUACUCAAGGCAGCUAAGGGUAUGUUUGCAGAGGAAAUUGUGAUGAGUCCCAAAAUGCGCAAAGUCAUCCGCCAGGCAUAUUACAUGAACGGCGCGGUAGAUUGUUUCCGCACUGAGAAGGGCUUGCGGCGCAUUGAUGAGCAACACCCGUACUACGAAUUCAAGUACCUUCGAGACCAGCAACUCAGCGAUAUCGCCCGCAGCCCUGAGCUAUUUCUCCGCAUGCUGAAGGCAGAAGAAGAAGGCCUUAUUGAGGUUAAAGUGCGCUUUGAGAACUUCGAGAAUUUUCGCAAGCGCUUAUACCCUAAUAUUGAGUCUGACAACUACAGUGAGCUCGCCGACUCCUGGAAUCGCCUGCGUCGAGAAGCUGUCGAUCUGGCUCUGGGGAAGCUAGAGCGCGUGAUCAACCGCAGCGUCAAGGAGAACAUCCGCCAAGAAUGUGAGAACCACGUUGCCAAAGAGUGUCGGGAAGCGUUCUCUCAGCGCUUGGACCAAGCUCCGUAUAAGCCAAAGGGUAUGAUUCUGGGUACGGUCCCUCGCGUCUUGGCAUUGUCUACAGGUACUGGUAUUAUCGGCCGGGCACCAAUUCACUGGGCUUACGUUGAGGAGGAUGGGCGGGUCCUUGAAAACGGGAAGUUCACCGACUUGUCUCUUGGGGACAAAGAUCGCGGUAUCGCCGACGGCAAAGACUUGGAAGCCUUGGUUGAGCUUGUUAACCGGCGUCGUCCUGAUGUCAUUGGGGUGUCCGGCAUGUCCCCUGAAACUCGGCGACUUUACAAGCUAUUGACUGAAAUCGUUGAUGCGAAAGACCUGCGGGGCGCUCUCUACACUGAUGACCGUGAUGAGGAGGUCAGUGACCGGCUGGAAGUAGUGAUCGUUAACGAUGAAGUGGCGCGACUCUAUCAAAACAGUGAUCGGGCUAAGAAAGACCACCCCAGCUUCGCUCCCCUCACUCAUUAUUGUGUAGGACUUGCCAAGUAUCUGCAGAGCCCUCUAAAGGAGUAUGCUUCGCUGGGUCGAGACAUUGUGUCCAUUCAGUUCAAGCCUGGGCAGCAGCUGGUGGCGCAGGAGCUACUGCUGAAGCAGCUUGAAACCGCGCUGGUCGACAUGGUCAACCUGGUUGGAGUCGAUAUCAACGAAGCUGUGUCAGACCCGGCUACUGCCAACCUUCUCCCAUACGUAUGCGGCCUGGGCCCACGCAAAGCAGCACACCUCUUAAAGAUAGUGAACAUGACUGGAGGUGUGGUUAACAGCCGGUUUUCUCUGCUUGGAGUUGGGGUACAGUACCCUGCCAUGGGAGUAAAAGUAUGGAACAACUCUGCGAGUUUUCUGUAUAUCGACUACGAAAGCGCGGACGCAGACUCGGAUCCCCUCGACAACACUCGAGUGCAUCCGGAAGACUACGAUAUCGCUCGCAAGAUGGCAGCGGACGCGUUGGAGUUGGACGAAGAGGAUAUAAAGGCAGAAACAGACGAGAACGGGCCCGGUGCAAUUGUCCGCAAGCUCUUCCGGGAAGAUGCUCAGGAUCGUGUAAAUGAUCUGAUCCUUGAAGAAUACGCGGAACAGUUGGAGAAGAACCUCAACCAGCGAAAGCGGGCCACGCUCGAAACCAUCCGCGCGGAACUCCAGCAGCCUUACGAAGAGCUACGAAAACACUUUGUCUUCCUUAGCACAGACGACAUCUUCACCAUGCUCACCGGUGAGACAGCACAGACAUUGGCGGAGGGCAUGGUGGUACCGAUCUCUAUCAAGAGCAUCAGGGACGACCACAUUGAAGGCAAGCUGGACUGCGGUGUCGACGCACUUGUUGGAGAAUCGGAGAUGACUGAUCGUUACGACAUCCCCGUAAGAGCAAUUUACUCCCUACACCAAACAGUACCGGCCAAGGUGAUGUUCCUGAACCGCAAGACCUUUACGUGUAACGUGUCGCUGCGGGAAGAACAAGUCAGCCGGCCGUCCAGGCCCGCCGCUGACCGAGCACACGCGGGAGAAUGGGAUUACCGUCAGGAAGAACAGGAUCGAGAGGCGUUAGAGGCCAAGACACAGGACGGCGGGCGUACGAUGCGUGUCAUCAAACAUCCAUUAUUCCGUCCGUUCAACUCCACGCAGGCAGUGGAGUUCCUCGGGUCUCAGAGUCGCGGCGACGUGGUUAUCCGACCGUCUUCAAAGGGACCCGACCACUUGGCCGUCACCUGGAAGGUGGCAGACGGCAUCUUCCAGCAUAUUGAUGUGCUAGAGCUGGACAAGGAGAAUGAGUUCUCCGUCGGGCGUACACUCAAGGUUGGGGGUCGAUUUACGUACAGUGAUCUGGAUGAUCUGAUCUUCAACCACGUCAAAGCUAUGGCCAAGAAGGUGGAUGAGAUGAUGCUGCAUGAGAAAUACCAGGAGGGCAGCAAAGAUUCGACCUACCAGUGGCUGGAGACCUAUACUAAGGCUAACCCGCGCCGGUCGGCGUACGCCUUCUGCAUAGACCCCAAGCAUGCCGGGUACUUCUUCCUUUGCUUCAAGGCCGGAGAGCACGCGCAGGUGCAUAGCUGGCCGGUCAAGGUGAUUCCCCAAGGGUACGAGCUGCAGCGCAAUCCUUAUCCAGACAUGCGGGCAUUGUGCAAUGGAUUCAAGCUGUUGUUCACUAACAUGCAAAGCGGGAAACGACGCUGA